AUGCUCGCUCCAACUAUUCAACAAGGUGCCGGGUUAGUCAACGCUUUUCAAGCUUUAACAGCUACCACGAUCAUUUCACCAAGUGAACUAGCAUUGAAUGAUACGGUUAGAAGAAAGAAUUUCUACAACAUUAAAAUAUCCAAUAUCGGUAAUAAACCUGCCCUGUAUAAGAUAAGUCAUCAUGGAGCUGCAUUGACUACUGGAGCACAAGAAGGAAACGAUCAACUUUUAUCCCAACCAGUAUACUCUGCUGAUUACGCUGAUGUUUAUAUUUGGCCAACGAAUUUCAAACUUGAACCUGGACAAUCACGUAUGAUCACUGUUCGAUUUCAAGCGCCUCGUAAAGCUGAAGCAGCUCUUCUUCCCAUUUUCUCUGGUUUCAUUUAUGUCUCAAAUAAUGUAGAUGAAAAAGUUGCUCAUAUUCCAUAUGCUGGUGUUGUGGGCAAUUACAAGGAUGCUUCCAUUUUGGUUCGCAAUACUCCAUCAGGUAUCGUUACAGGCCUAUUAAGUGCAACUGGUGACUUUGUUUCGAACGGACAAACCAUGAAUGUGACUGCCUCCGGUGCAUUUCCAAUCUUACUAGUCACAGCAUGGACAUCACGUAUUGUUUUCAUGGAUGUUAUUUCGGGAAAAGGCAAUGUUCUACAUGGCUUUAAUCCAAGUAAUUUUUAA